CAUGUCACUGCGCAUGCGCACUUUUCUCUGCUCAUACCAGCGGCUGCAACAAGCCGAACAGUAGCGGCGAGGAGGAGGAGAAGAAGAAGAGGAGCGCUGCGCCUGAGCUCUUUGGGGAACUCAUGUUAAUAGAGGAAAUCCUUUGAAGCGGUCGUCCAGAAACUUGGUGGAAAAGGAGCCAAAUGGGAAAUCUUUUAAAAGUUCUUACAUGCACAGAGCUUGAUCAGGGACCAAACUUUUUCCUUGACUUUGAAAAUGCUCAACCAACUGAUUGCGAGAGGGAGGUGUGGAACCAGGUCAUCGCCGUCCUGCAGGAAUCUGAGAGCAUUCUGUCAGAUCUGCAGGCGUACAAAGGAGCCGGACAAGAGAUACGAGAUGCUAUACAAAAUCCUAAUGACAUCACCCUUCAGGAGAAAGCCUGGAAUUCUGUAUGCCCUCUUGUCGUCCGGCUGAAGCGGUUUUAUGAGUUUUCUCUAAGACUUGAAAAAGCUUUGCAAAGUCUACUGGAGUCGCUGACCUGCCCCCCAUACACUCCUACACAACACUUGGAGAGGGAGCAGGCCCUGGCGAAAGAGUUUGCCGAAAUUCUGCACUUUACCCUUCGUUUUGAUGAACUGAAGAUGAGAAACCCAGCAAUCCAGAAUGACUUCAGCUACUACAGGCGGACGAUAAGUCGUAACAGGAUAAAUAACAUGCAUUUAGAUAUUGAAAAUGAGGUAAACAAUGAAAUGGCAAACAGGAUGUCCCUGUUCUACGCCGAAGCCACGCCAAUGCUGAAGACGCUUAGCAAUGCCACCACCAGCUUCGUGUCUGAGAACAAGACCUUACCCAUUGAAAACACAACAGAUUGCUUGAGCACAAUGGCCAGCGUGUGCAAAGUCAUGCUUGAAACUCCAGAAUACAGCAGCCGGUUCAGCAGUGAAGACACCCUCAUGUUCUGUAUGAGAGUAAUGGUCGGGGUUAUCAUUCUUUACGAUCAUGUACAUCCAGUAGGAGCAUUCUGCAAGACAUCGAAGAUGGAUAUGAAAGGCUGUAUAAAGGUUUUGAAAGAACAACCCCCAGAUUCUGUGGAGGGCCUAUUAAAUGCACUCAGGUUUACUACAAAGCACCUGAACGACGAGUCAACUUCGAAACAGAUCCGAACGAUGCUUCAGUAAAAUCCUGCACUUGAAGAGGAUUCUUUUACUGACCUCAGAAGAUGUAUAUGUUUACAUAAUUUAAUACAGAUUGAUGUUAAUACUUAUGUGUAUUUACAUAGCCAUUACCUUUUCGUCACUGAAUCUUCGACUUACACACUUGUCUCGUGCUCUUCAGGGGCCCGCAGUUUGCUGGGCGGUGAAGGCACAUGAAGGGUAAAUUAAUCUGACUGAUUUAGCACAACCUUACAUACACUUUAUUAUUAUUAUUUAAUUUUUUUGGACUUGCUAAUUGAACAAAUUGUAUUUUUUCUUUUUUUUUCUUUUACCAAAGUGCUUAAACCAUACUUUAAAACUGUGUGCAUUGAUGGGUUGUAUCUGCUGUUGUGUUUUACUUGUCGGUUUGUCCACUGAUGCGGUUUUAGGCACUGUUGUAGUGUUUUUUGUUUAUUUUUAUUGUAGUAUUUAUUUCAUGUCCGAUGUCAAGUCUGCGGCCUUAAAGUGUAUUUCUCCAAAAAAGUCACCAAUAAUAGGCCUCAUUUAACAUUUAUAGAAUCCUCAUCCUAGGGUGACCACUGAUGGGGCUGCCAUUACAGUUUCCACAGUGGUUGCAAUCCAGCUUUUCUGAACCCCAAAAUGAAAGUUAAGUUAUGCAAGGAUGCUGCCCCCUACUGCCCUCAUCAUAUAUAACCUCACAUAUAUGGCUUACCUCUAUGCAGGAGGCUGUUAGGCGGUAUAUGGAGUCCCUGUGGCUGCCUACUGCGUGCUCUUAUGGCACUGUGGUGCUUUUAGCCGAGCGUAACUCUGUAAAAGGCAACUCGUGGGUCAUUCCAAAUAACCUGACAGUUAAGGCUCCAUUCAGACGUCCGUGUGUCUUGCGGAUCCGCAAAAUACGGACACCGGCAAUGUGCGUUCCGCGGACCGCACAUUGCCGGCACUUAAUAGAAAAUGC